AUGGCAGACAACAAAAAGAAAGAAAAAAAAGACAAAAAGAAGAAGAAGGAAAAAGAGGCAGCAGUAGAAGAAGAAAGAUUUAAACCGGUUAUAAAUCCUGACUAUAACCCUACCGAUAGUAAUAAUAACGAAGACGCAGAAAAGUGGACUAUUGCUUCUAAGCGUUCAGAUAUAAUACAACCCAAUUCGCCCAAGAGCCCUACUCCUGCCGAACUACAAGGCUUUACAGCGUACAAGUAUGUACCGAGUCCAGGCUAUGCUCAUUUAGAUCCCUCCAAGCAUAAGAACGCUCACUCCGCUUUUGAUCAGUUGCAAAAAGUCAUUGCAGCUCAAGAACAACAACAAAAGCAACAGGGUUCACCGCAAAAAUCUACUCAAAAGAAGCAACCCAAGCAACAACCACCACAAAAACAACCACCAUUACCAUCACAACAGCAUAAAGUGCAACCGCAGCAGCUACCACCACAACAACAGCAUAGAGUGCAACAACAACAGCAACCACCGAGGAUGCCACAGACAGGUCAUGCCUUUCAACAAAGGCCGCCUCCUAUGCCCAUCCAUCAAUCGCCACAGUUAUAUCAAGGUCCACCUCAUCAACAACGUACUCCAAUUUAUACGCAACAACAACAGCAACAGUGGACACGGCAACCGGGUCAACCUAGUCAGCCUUUCCGCUUAGAAGACGGAAGCAGUGUGCAACAUUACGCACGCGCUUUAUGGAACUACAAUGCUCAGAUGGCAAGUGAGCUAUCAUUCGUGGCAAACGAUCGAUUUGCUAUUCUCAAUAAACAGCCAGACGGUUGGUGGUAUGCUGAAUUACUGGAUAAUAACAGGAGAAGACGCGGUCUGGUUCCAGGAAACUACAUGUCACCCCUUUAAAAGCUUAUAUUUAUAGACU